AUGGAUAUGAAAAAUGCCUCGGACGACGUGAAGACAUACAUAAGGAAGUGCACGGCAGAAAGCGUGCAGUGGCGGCUCCCUAAUGGAGGCAACUGGCAGAAUUCGAAAGCGGCCACUGUACGGAACGUUGCCGUAAUUGGUGGUGGCACCAUGGGAAGAGGAAUUGCCAUAUCCCUCGCUCAAGCUGGUUACCAUACUACACUUGUUGAGAACGAUAGCGAGAGUUUGGAAAAUUGUCGUCGAGAGCUGAAAACGACGUAUGCCAGAGAGCAGAAGUUGGGUCGACUCACUCCAGAUCAGUGUGAAAAGCUCACUGUAGGCAUACAUCUCACUACGGACUUGACUACGCUGAAGGACUGCGACCUUGUGAUCGAGGCGGUUUUUGAAAUAAUGAAGUUGAAGACUGAUCUGUUCGCAAAACUUAAUCAGAUUUGCUCGCCUACGACAAUCUUCGGUACGAACACCUCAAGCUUGAACAUCGAUGAGGCAAGGUCUACAUCUAGAAGAGAAUCUAUGAGCUUAGCGCUGAAUAGACCGGAGAACCUCGUUGGAAUACACUUCUUCAAUCCGGCCCAUAUCAUCAAGAUGGUGGAAGUUGUAUAUGGCAAGAAUACUUCAGCAGAAGCCGUUGCCACUGCGUUUGCUGUUUGCACUCAGAUGAGCAAGGUUUGGAUGUUGCAGCUCAUCUGA